AUGCUAUCACCAAUAUUCAGACAAGGGAUUUCUCCAAUAAUCAAAUCUACAAUCUCAAGACAAGCUUCAGCUCCUUCAAAGAAAUUUGAUAUCCCAUUCUUGAAACAAAUCCCACAACCACCAGGUUAUAUUGUUGGUACAGUCAAUGAUGCUUAUACUGCUCCACAUGCUAGUAAAUCACACGGUUCUUUACACUGGACCGCUGAAAGAAUUAUUGCCAUUAGUAUGGUUCCAUUAGCUACUGUUCCAUUUGUUACUGGUUCUUUUGCACCAGUCUUGGAUGCUACUUUAUCCACUUUAAUAUUGGCACAUGCAUGGAUUGGGUUCCAAUCUUGUAUCAUUGAUUAUAUUCCAAAACGUGUUUAUGGUAAGCAACAUGAUUAUGCCAUGUAUUUAUUGACUUUUGGUACUUUUAUUGCUGGUUAUGGUAUUUAUUUGAUUGAAAGUAAAGAUGUUGGUUUAACUGGUUUACUUGGUAAACUUUGGUCAAAACCUGAAGAAAAAAAAUAA